UGUACACCAGCAAGAUGGGUUUUUCAAUUGUACUGAGAAAUGCGCUCCAGGUUAUAGUGGACGACUCUGUGAUUCCUGCAAUCGACGAGUUUUUCCACUAUAUUCCAGAAGGAAAGUGGGAAGAUCUGGCAUCUGGAUGUCCAGAUCAAAGCAUCAGAAAAAGGAUAGCAGAUCUGUUGUACUAUAUAACACAGGUCUGUUCAGAUGUGGUUUUGGACAUUAUCAAGAACUGCCAAUACCACUACAAAGACUUGAAAGCAAUAAUGGGCAACAUCAUAUCUCAGGCUUUUGCUCGAGCCAUGGACAUGGAAGAGCCCUUCCAGACAGAGAGUACGGACAUGUUUAACAUGGUUUUCUUAAAACAUGUAAUAUCAGCGGCCACAUGUCCUUUGGACAAAGAAGAUCCCACACAGUGGCUCCAGGUGGGUGUAAGAUUCAAUAUUUUGAUUCAACACGUCACCAUUAUGAUCCGGGAACUUCUAGCAAUGAGGAGAAAAAUCGAAAAGCUGAGAAAGUCAAAUCUUUCCUCAGAUAAAUUCUCAGACAUUCCAGAGGAUGGAGUGUCUGAGAAAGACAGGAAAGACACAGUUCGGCUUUUCGUGAACUUGUUGUUGUCUAGAAGCAUCAAGAAGGCAAAGACAUGUUGCUUUCCUGAUCACCUAAAAAUCACAGAAGAACGAGUUGUGGAGAAAAUCUGGGCAAGAGUUGAGAGACAGAAAUUUCAGAUUAAGGAGAAAUGCAUUCCUCAUCUCUGCCAGAAAGUUUUCAAGAAUAUCACCGAAACUUUAGGCUGCUCCUCUGGAAGGACGCUGGCCCUUAUUGAACAUAAUUUAGUUGACAAUGUAGUUGUGUCAUGUUUUGAAAAUGAAUUGAAGAAGCACCAGAAAAAGAAAAACAAUUCUUUCAGAAGAUUCUUUUCUCGUGCUAUUAAAACAUUGACACACACGUUUCACUAAAUAAGAGAGCUGGAGAACACCAAGAGGAGCUUGUUCCUAUAAAAAUAGCAAUGACAGUAGAAAUAAUUACACAUUUCAAGGCUGUAGUUGUAAGAAGUCAGAGGUAAAAUUUGCUACAUCUUUGACAUAAAUGUAUUUCAAGGAAAGACUCGCACAGAGUGAAAGUAGCUAUUAGAAAGUUUAUGGAAGAGGAGCAUGACGAGGUGAUUGGCUGGACAGGUGAUAUGAAGAGUCUUCCAGUUUGAAUUUAUGCCCAGGCUUCAUUUCGACCUGCAGAGACUCAUGCAGAGAGAAAGUCGCUUUUAGAAAGUUUAUUUGACAGAUAAUCUUUGGCGCUCAGACCGCAGCAGAAGACGUGGCUCAUCCUCUCUGGUAGGUCAGAGAGGAUGAGCCGCCAUGGAGAAGGAUUAGAGACAUCUUUCCCCAAAAAAUCCAAUGAAAGAGGGAACCAGGACUGAGCUAAGGUCGGAUGAGAUAAAGAAUGCUUGAGAAGAUGACCAGAGGAAAAGACAAGCGUACCUGCAGAGAAAAAUAGGUAUAGACUGCUUGAGAAUCGAAAGGGAAGAAAGGGGCUGGAUGAGCCUCCAAAGUUUUUUAAAGGAAGUGCACCAGCUCCAAAACACAUCAUGAUGCUGCCACCUCCGUACUUCAUAGUUAACAAGCUAUUUUCAGCCGAUGUUGGUAUGGACUCAUAACUCUGUCUGACUGGCUUCAUCCAGCAACUUCACAAAGUGUUUUGGUUUUGUUCUGGAGUCGAUUUGGACAAUUUACUCCAAAACAUGUUCCUCAUUUGGGGGCACAAGCAAGACAAGGUAAUCGUAUUUACGAACUUUGGCUAAGUUUUCUUAAAUCUUUAACUGAGUGCAGUGCUGUCCCUCUGGAAAUGAUCUUCCAACCUGCACAGGAAUGGAAAAUCACUGCAUCAGAUGCAAAAGAUAGAAAAAAACAUGAUAGUCACGAACCCGCUCCCCUCCUACAUCCUUCCCCUGUUUGUUUGCAUCCUAUAUUCCUGAAAUAGUCUGCAGAGGAAGGUGUUGACAUUCGUUCAAAUCUAAUUGUUGGCACACACCUUACUGUAAACACAGCAAGGGACAACGGGGGACAGUCAAUGACCCAUGUCCCCUAGUGUGUGUGUGUGUGUGUGUGUGUGUGUGUGUAAUAGGUCCCCUCAUGUGGACACACCUAGCGCCGGUAAAAAGUGUCUCCCAGAGGAAGGCCAGUGUGUGGCGCCCUCCAGUCGUGACCAGGAUGAUUAAGAGUUCCUUCCUUUCCUGCUUGGAGGCGGACACUGUCCCGAGGAACAGACAGGCUGCCGACACCUUGUCACAACUAGGAAGUGACUCUUCCACAAUCCGAGGACCAGGAGCCGGGCCCACAUUCAGCCCAGGCAAACCUUUGGUUUACUGAGUCAACAGGCUGGGCUGCAGUCCUCUCAUCUAACACACUGUCUGCAUCACAGUCCCAAGCGGUUUGCUUGGUAAGUUUGAAAGUAAAAAGUGAAAAUCGAGGAAGCUCCUAAAUGUUUAUUCUUAGUUCCCACAAGUCUGAAGCAGAAGUGACCCACGCCAUUUUAAUGGGUAAAUGUGUGCAAUGCAUGGCGAACCUGUGGCUUUGAGACCAACCAAAAGAAAAUAUCUAGACAUUCUAGACCAGGCAUAUGUGCUUAGGGCCCCCAUGCCACCAGGGGGCCCCUAAGAGCG